ACUGGCCGAUUUCGACAAUGACGCCACACGACAUACAGUGUGAAGUUCCCCAGCUUGCCCAGAAUCUCACUCCUCACUCACUCAAUCACCACUGGCCUUCCACCAGAAUUCAACAAGACAUUUGAAAUGCAUUGUCAAUAGAGCUGUAUUCCAUCCCGGAGAGUAUCUUCUGCUACCCCAUUCCUUUCAAUGAGAUGGCAUGGUCGCCGAAUCGAGCCCUCCUGACCCUACUGAAGCGGCCUUCUCCAUGCGUGACGAGGACGAAGCAGCCCGGAUCGCUCGUCAAUAGGCGAGCCUCUCUGCACUUGGCACCACCGUUUCUCCUUGAUGACCCCUACGUUCCGCGCUAUCUGCAGCUUUCCUCGGUCGAUGCGGCCCUCAAACGGUCGAGAGCAUAUGCCCACCUGCGACAGUGUAACUUGUGCCCCCGGCUUUGCGGCGUAAAUCGCUACGAGACGCUGGGAAUGUGCAUGAUUGGGGAGAAGGUAAAGGUCAAUGUGAUAGCCCCUCAUUUCGGUGAAGAGCCGUGUAUACAGGGCCAUAAUGGUAGUGGCUCCGUCUUUUUCAGCCGGAACAAUGCCAGUCUCGACAUAUCGCCUUGAUAACAACCCCGCCUGCACCUCCGCCAUCGCCAGAACAGAAGAAGACAAAAAAAAAAGGUGCAUAGUUAUGAUUUUCCAUCAUAAAGCUGACAGUACCGCUCAAACUCCAGCAUGUGCAACCUCCGUUGCACGUUCUGCCAAAACUACGACAUCAGCCACGUUCGCAAUGGGGAAGAUCUCACACCCGAGGAUCUGGCCGAGUGGUACAUCAAGCUCCAAAACCUCGGCGGAGUCCACAACAUCAACCUGGUGACCCCAGAACACGUAGUCCCGCAGGUGGCCCUGUCGAUCCUGACCGCCGCCGAGAUGGGCCUCCGAAUCCCCAUCGUAUACAACACCUCGGCCUACGACAGCUUCGAGUCGCUCAAGCUGCUCGACGGACUGGUCGACAUCUACCUGCCAGACUUUAAGCUAUGGAGCUCGGCGGAGAGCAAGAGGCUCUUGAAGGCCGAGGAUUAUCCCAACGCCGCAAAGGAGAGCAUCAGGGAGAUGCACAGGCAGGUGGGCGACUUGUGCUUUACGCCCGACGGGAUCGCCCGGAGGGGAUUGUUAGUUAGGCAUCUAAUCAUGCCGGGCCUGACGGACGAGUCUGAGAAGAUUAUGAGGUGGUUGUCGGCAGAAGUGUCCAAGGAUACCUUUGUGAACCUGAUGGAUCAAUACCGCCCAGCAGCGAAUGUAGGCAAAGCCAAGAAGGCAAGGGUUCCCAAAGCUACACAUGCCUCCACGGACAAAGAGACAUCAUUUAGCCAAGGUAAGGAAGGGGUGCGAUAUGCGGAUAUCAACCGUGCCAUCACUAAUGAUGAGCUCACAACGGUUCGCAAAGCUGCAGAAGAUGCUGGCCUGUGGCGAUUUUGUGACCCUCCUAAACAUGGCGGAUUUCACAUUUAAAUGAAAAAGAGGUUGUCAAGAGUCAGCCAUGUAUGAUAGAUCGUAAUAAACACGGGGUCUGUCGAAUAUGGGUGUGUCCUGAAGACUUUCAGGGUUCAUAAAAGAUUUUCCAAAUUAACUCCGCAAAUGAGGUUUAAAAUACACCAAGAUGCCCAAUAUCGUGCCCAGCAUGACUUCCUUGCUCGUUCGUUUUCAAAGAGCGAACUGAAAUCAUCGAAUUUUGGAUCAGAUCAAGCAGUGCUGGACUCGUUCUUGACUGACUCUUCGACCGCCUCGAGUUUGGCGCCACCCUCCUCAGUGUCUUGAGUCUCGUCUUUGGAUUCUUCCUCAACUUCAGCCACUGCGGACUCCUCCUUCACCUCGCUGUUCUCGUCAGUCAUGGCUGCAUCUCCCUCUCCCUCCUUGCUUUCUUCAGUCUUGUCCUUCGAAAGACCAAGAUUCAGCAAGACUGUGGUCUCGUUGAAGAUCCUCAACAACAUUGCGGAGCGAUCCUCCUUGGGAAGCAUCAGGUUGACCGAGUGGAAGCUCUUCCACAGGGGCAAGGCCAUCCGCUCCAUGUCCUGGUCUUCGGGGCCCGGCUCAAUUCGGAGCACACAGCAUCCCAAACCAAUCUUCAACGCAGCCUCUCCAACCUCACCAAGACUCUUCCAGCCGCCAUCAGCCAGCUUGGGGAACAUUUCGAUCAAGAGCUUGCGCAAUGUUUCCUUCUUGUUCAAAUAGAUGAUCCUCUCCGGCCCGACGUAGCCAUGAAGGAUGCGCAUACCCUCCGACUGAAUGCGCCAUCCGCAAACCUCAGCCGAGGGAGCAUCUUGCUUCAUGAACAUCUUGACACCACCGUGUACAAACCGAACACCUCGGCCCUCAUUGGCGACCAAAAUGUCCCGUACUAGCUCUGAUGUAUAGUAAAUUGCCUUUGCUGGCUCUCCCAUAGCAUUGCGAACCAUGAAACGGUCGAGCGGGAAACGGUCCGAGAGCUUGUAGAAAUCUUUAACGGACUUGAUUACCGAGUGGUCUGCUGGAAGAUAUUUAAAAGGCUCCUCGUAGGGUCCCUCCUUCUUCUUUUUGCCUUGGUUGACUUGAUUGUUUUGGUUCGGGACAGGUUUCGCCAUCUGCGAUUCGGAAGGGGUAGUGGCGGUUGCUUGGGUCUCAGGCUCCUGCUUUACUGUUUCCUCCGCAGCAAUGGUUUCCACCGGAGCAGUGCUUUCUUCCUUUGGCUGGUCAAUCAUGGUGACGUCCUCUGACGCUGCGGGCUGCUCGCUGGCCUCGGUCUUUGGUUUCUUGGAGGCUGUUUGUUCUUCAGUAUCCUCCUCUUCCCUCGGGCGCUUACCCUCUGUGACAUUGGGUGUCGAGGCUGUAGUCUCACCAUUCGCAGGAGUCGUGCUAGCAAGAUCGGUUUCGGGCUUUGCCUUGAAUUCGGCCUUCUUCUGCAGCACCACAAUGAAGAAACCACCUGUGUCUUGCAGAUGAGGGUAUAUCCUCAUGCAACGCUCAAGCGGGAGAUCGGUCCCGGAGGGAAACAUGGUCUUGGAGAGCUUUCCAGUCAGUGAUUUGCCAUCCUUGACCUCCAACUGGCCCUCAACCUCCUCCCAGUUAUUCCAGACCCGUCCCGAUUUGUCCAUCACUUUCCAGGUCUUCAUACCAGGCCUCCGCUUGAGCCCAGGGAGCUUAUCACUGCUGUCAAGGAUAUCAACGUUGUUAAGUCCGCCGCAGCGAUCAAUGGCAGCGUUGAUGACCGACUCGUUCUCGACAGGGUUCAUACUGCAAGUUGAGUACACCAUUUUGCCGCCAACCUUGAGCAUCUGCAAGGCACGAACGAGGAUUCUCGUUUGCGUCAGAUGCAGACCCAAGGCGCUACCUGGAACCCACUCCCUCCACAAAUUAACAUUCUUCCUGAGGGUGCCGUCGCCGGAGCAAGGAACAUCGGCCAGAAUUCGAUCGAACUUCAGGUACGCGUUGGUGUUGGGGUCGCUGCUGGGGAUGCGGAUGGAGGGAUAAAGCGUAGCAUCGUGGUUUGUGACAAUCAGAUUAGGAGAAGAGAGACGCUUGAGCUGAUGUACCAGCAUGUGGCACCGCUUGUACUCUGCGUCGUUGGCAAUGAGCAUGCCAGUCGCACGGCCAUCGUCCCCUGCGUCAACUUCCAAGUCUGCUCCCUCCUCGGUAGCGGGGGCAGCGUCGGCGGACUGGUCACCGGAGAACUUCUUCAUGAAGUUGGAUAUCCUCGCCUCCUCGCCGACGUGAAGCAUCUCGAGCAGCUGGGAUGCUUUGCUACCAGGAGCAGCGCACAUGUCAAGAACAGUCAUUCCAGGCCUGACAUCCAACACCAGCGGUGGAAUCAUGCUGACGACCUCUUGACGACUGAUGUUUCCGACGCUCGUCUCAGACACGAGGAAUUUCUGGAACUUGGCGAAUGGCGGGAAUUUGCGCACGACAUUCUUGGGCGUGGUCAUCCACCAAGCCAAAAGAUCAGGGUACCACGGGACGGCCUUGGGCGGGUCGACGGGUUGUCCCUCGUAGGCAAUCUGUGUGAUCUCGGGUAUGUAUCUCGUCUGCAUGAGCUUCAUGACCUCGGAGGCAUGACCCUUGGAGCCACAAAAGCGGAAGCUGUUGGGGAGCUCUCGCUGAUAAGCAGUCCAGAACUCGGCCCGCUCCUCCUCAGGGAGCUCCAGAAGCUCAUCGUAGAACUUUUGAAGCUUCUCGUUCUCCUUGGGCAGGUUGGCAUAGUUGUAUCGGUUGUUGGUGGCUGUAUCGUGACGGCGCCUGCCAUCGAAGUGGCCAUUGGAGCCGCCCCCACGCUUAUUUUUGCGGUUACUUCUGCCCAUUUUGAGCGUGUUAUGAGGGGAAAGGGGACCCUAAUUGCGCCAAUUGCAGAUAUUUCAAAGGCGCAUUCGGGGACCUUUUAC